AUGGAGAGAGUGAGUAAGGUGGUGCUGAUCCUGACCACCAUACUAGUGGUUGCUGCAUUGGAUGUUGAAGGAGGAAGGCAGAUCAAGAGUCAUGAUGAGAAUGGAGAGGGCGUUGAUAAGCCUCAGAACUUCUAUGGAGGAGCUGCAGGAGGCAUCUUCCCAGGCCCUCCAGGGUUUGUUACUGGGGUUAGCUUUGGACCAUCAGGCCUCUGCACUCUCCCUGGAGGCUGUGUUCCAGUCCCAGUCCUCCCCACCAUCCCUGCUGUUCCUUCUGCUGGUGGCUCAGUCCCAUUUACACCAUGA